AUGUUGGAGCAUCUCUGUGAAUUACUUCGGAAUAUAUCACGUUACUUCGAUAAUGUUCAUCUUGUUGUUGAUGCUCUAGAUGAAUGCGGAGAUGGUCGUUUGGAUAUUGUACGUCUUCUGACUGAGCUCAACGCUACCAAGGACAGCAAUAUCAAAAUAAUCUUGGCCUCGCGGCCCGAGCCAGACAUCGAGAGCCACUUGGUAGAUUUCACAAAACUCUCAAUUGCAGCGCACAGGAACGACUUAGAACUCUAUGUACAUUCAAAAAUAGAGUGUCGUCUUCGUGAAACCCAAAAAACCCCCUGGAACCAAGAGUUGAGAGAAGAAAUCGCACAACGGCUGGUGGAUGAGGCACAGGUCCGCUGGGUAACAUGCCAACUAGAUCAUCUAUAUGACCUCGAUACCCUCAGAGGUGUCAGGCGAGCAUUGCAUUCACUCCCGCCGACAUUAUUCGGAACCUAUGAGAGAAUACUAGACCGUAUCAACCUCAGCAGUGAUGAGAUCAAAGAGCUUGUUCGGCGAGUCUUGAUAUGGACUGUCUGUGCCGUUGAACCACUCUCCUUAGCCCAAUUACUCGAAGCCGUAUCCAUAGACCUGUCUGAUAAGCAUUUAGACCGAGAAGGAAUUCCGAAUGAGCAGAGUAUCUUGAAGAGAUGUAGUAGCCUUGUUAGGAAGACUGAGGGACCGUGGGGCAUUCGAAUUGAAUUAGCGCAUUUCAGCGUCAAGGAAUUUUUACUACUUGAAGUUCAGGAUGACCGAUAUUCCAUGUACCGCAUGUCACAGGAUUUUCGGAAUGCUUAUAUGGCUAAGGUCUGUCUGACCUAUCUAUUGUUCGAAGACUUCCAAGACGUCACUCCUCACACUACACCCACUGAAAAAUCUGCCACGGAUAAGAAAUACGCAUUUUAUCACUACGCCUCGCUGCAUUUUGUCAGUCAUGCAUGCAGUGAUGCCGAUGACCAUAAUAUCUUGGAAUUACUUAAACUGCUUUUUAAUCCUAUAAAAACGAAUAGCUUCGUCUUUUGGGUCCAGGAACUGCUGAUCCACUAUUAUGGCUGGAACAGUCGCCAAAAGAUCAUUUGCAAUACUAGCACUUUGCACUUCGCGAUCCUGUUAUCAAUUCCCCGCGUAGUGGAAUGGUUGAUCUCAGAUACCGAUACCUACUCGUAUCUAACCAAGAACGGCGAUGUUGGUACCCUUUCCGCCACAAUAAUCGAUCCGCUUUCCUUCACCACAAGUGAAUGGGGAAAUUCUCCAUGUACAAAUUUGUUGGAGCUCGCCAUUAAAGCCCAUUUUGGGUGGGAUAUACUACUUCAGCAUGGAGCUCUGAUAACCGAUUCAUGUAUCAAGGCUCUGGAAGAGGACUUUGAGCAUAGCUAUGACUUUAUCACUAGUUUUGUACAAAGUACAAACCCCAGAAAUGUCCCUGCUGAUAUCAAUUCAAGGUUUAUGCAUUUUGCGGGAAAACUCAAAGACGUUGAUAAACCUCUUGUAGAUUCAUUCUUUGACUCUAGUGUCGACAUUGACUCCACUGAAGCGAUUGCCGCAUUACACGCAGCAAUCACAUUUGGUCAGACGUAUAACGUUCUACAAGUUCUGAAAAAAUGGAACCCGAGCAUAAAUUCAUGUUCAAACAUAGAUGGACUGAGCCCACUACACCGUGCUUCGAAAGGCGGCCAUCUAGAAAUUGUCAAGAUCCUUCUGAAUUACGGCGCUUCGUUGGACCUUCCUACUUCAAUAGAUGGAAUAGAUACUACAGAAAAUCUAUUUGGUUUGAAAUGUGCAACAUCCUUUCAUCUAGCCGUGGCGAAUGGUCAUAUAAAUGUUGCAAGAUUCUUAGAAGAGUAUGGGGCAGAUAUUAAUAAGCCUGACAUGAAAUCGGGAAUCACACCACUCCAUUCAGCCACAGCACAGCGCAUCGAAAUGAUGGAAUACCUAAUUCAGUCUUCGUUAUAUCACGGUUCUUUUUCGACUAAAACACCAACUGGGUGGACAGUACUGAUGGCAGCAGCAAAGCUUGGCUCAAUUGAUGCAUUCGAAUUUGUUCUGUGCAAUUCAGAUCCUUCUAUCGUAAUAUUGCAGGAUGAGACUGGCUUCAACUGUUUUCACGAGGCUAUAAGAUCGAGCAUUGCCCCCCGCCGUAAAGUUGCUGUUCUUAGACGCUCAUGUGUAAAUCCGUUCAUAUCAACCAAAGAAGGACUCACGCCAUUACAUAUUGCAGCGGAACGUGGGUUCAACAUAUUCCGCGAGACUCUUGAAUUUAUCUUGAACUCAUUGUCCCGACUCUCGGUGGGCCUCUCUCGAAAAUCCGGAAGACAUAAUAAACUUUGUCUCGGAGUCUGGAUUGUCUACUCUACAUAUUUUGAUACGCAGGGUAUAAAUUUAGAAGUCGGAGACAUUGAAGGAAGAUCAACCUUGUUAGUACUUUGCAAUGCACUCCAGAAGGCACAGAGAUAUAACUAUCGCAAGCACCUCUUUGCUGGUGCCAUAGAAUUGUUAUUACAUUAUGGAGCUAUUACCACUCGACAAGAUGUGGCAGGAAAUACAGCACUUCACUAUCUCUGUAGAAGCGGAAGUUUUGGGAAAUAUGAGUAUCGAUGCAUGUCAGCUUUGUUGGCGGCGAGACAUUCGACAUUCACUGAUACUUCCGAAAUUCUCAAGUCAAACAGUCCCAACUGGAGAAGUGGAGAUAAUAGAUACGAUCAAAAUGAUAGCAAAGAUAGAAGUGAUUACGUUCCAAAACAUUACGAUGAAGAUUAUGGGAAUUACGACAUUGAAAAUGAUGAUAAUGGAGGUUACGACGAUGAGAUUGAUGAUGAUGGAAAUGACGACGAUGGGAGUGACGAUUAUGACAAUGACCACUAUUUUCUGACGGAGCUAUACUCCACAACUCAAAUAUUUGCCCAAGGAGCAACGAUAUAA